AUGAGAGCAGUCACCCGAAGCUCGUUUUCAUUCGGGUCUUCCCGAUCCUCCUCGAAAAAGCAGGAGACGGACCAAGAUGCCAGUCAAGACGCGAAUCAAACCGAUACGAAGAACGUGUUGAGCAAUUCUGGUGCGGCAGUGACCGACGUUGUGGCUGCUGCAGGCCACGAAGCGGGCGAGAGGAAGAUGGAGGGGUUCCUGGUGUUUCGCAAGCGUGGCCAGACGAUGCUUGUGUUCAAGCACAAGCCCAGCGAUUCAGCGUCGCCUGGUACCCCGAAGAAGCAGAUCACUGUGGUGGGUGUCAAGGAUGCGAUGGAGCUGGAGACGAGUGUGCGAGUGGCGCUACUUGGAAGCGGUGCGCCAGGGAGUUACGACAAUGCGCUCGUGAUCAGCUCGCACAAGUCGAAGCUCGUUGUGGCUGAGGCCGACACGCACAUCGAGAAGGGCCGCUGGCUGCACGCGCUGUCGACGAUCUACUUGACUUCAGGGGAGAACGAGAAGGCCUUCUUCCAGUCGGUGCUGUCAGCUGACGGCUUCGACGCUCACAUGGCCGUAACGUUGUUGCACAAGCACCGCACCAAUGCGAUGGCCACUGAGCUGGUUCUCGACCGUUUGGCCUCCUACGCCGAGCAGAACGUGGACGACGUCGAGUUCUACAUUCAGCAGAUCGUCCACCUGACUGUCAACACUGAAUUGGCUGCGACGGACAAGCUGGUGCACUUGCUGCUCUCGAUUUGCCGCGCCAAAGCGUACGUGGAACACCUCGGGAACUGCAUCCACUUGGCGCUGCAGAUCUUCUGGCUUCUGGAGGCGAAGAUCGCCGACAACGACCCGAAGACGUACAACUUGUGCGCCAAGCUGCUGAUGUCCAUCGAGGCCAAGGUUGUCAACCAGCAGUUCGAGCUGCCGAGUACACAGACUGCUGAUGAUGUCACUCGACGGCUCAUGGAUAUUCCCGACAUGGAGGAGAGACUGGAGCAGAUGAGUGUCGGGAUUCAAAGCAAGGAGGAAGUAUCGCGACCGGCUGAAGUCCUCGCACCACCUGAAAGCGACGCAAGCACGUUGGUGUCGCCUCCCAUGACUCCCGGCAAAGCUCGUGCACAGCAGCCUGCGUUGCUCUUGCAGUGGAUGGAGAAGGAGCGGCAGAAGCGGUACAAGUACUUCCACCAGCAGCGAGACUUUGUGAAGGCGCUCUCGGACAUCUCGGAACGGAUGCGCGCUGUCGAUCCGCCUCAGAACCGCAAGAAGCUUCUUCCGGAUGAACUGAAGGCGCUGGUUGUCCCGGACAUGGCGUACGUCCCUCUCGGUCGCGUGUCUGACCCAUUCUGCCGCAUCACCCGCGUGCUCACGGACGAAGGAACCGUCUUCUCCACGCACAGCCGCGCACCUUGCCUGCUCUGCUUCGAGGUGAUCGAAGACCAAGUGAACUCUGCCGGCCAGCGCAGACUGUCCGUGCAGCUCAAAGGACUCAUCGAGUCGCUGCCUGGAGCUUCGUCUGACUCAACACAACCAAGCCUGGAAGCUGAAGUCGCCGGUCUCAUUAAGAAAUUUGCCAUUAACGGGCAGCUCAUCUGCGUGGAGAACCCGUCAGCUCUGGACGAGGAUGAAGACGACGACGCCGAGAUUGGGAACGGUGAAGACGAAGCUGUCGGCAAUCGCCGCUCCACUGACUCGCCAGUUUUCGCCUUACACGAUAUCGACAGCGCGUUGAGUUCUCCAACGUCGACGAUCGCCUCUGACGACUCGAUGGACUCGAUGUCCGAGAUGAGCGGGGCCGGCUCGCAGCAGUUGCAACUCAUCCGUGGGUACUCCAAGACAGCUUACGAGAUGGGUCUAUCCAAGCUCCUCAGCGCCAGCGAAGUGUUCGGUGAGAGCUGGCAGGCCAAGAAGGAGCGCAUUCGUGCUGCGUCUCCUUUCGGACACUUGCCGGGGUGGAACGUCAUCUCACUGAUCUCCAAGAGCAACGACGACAUCCGACAGGAGGUUUUCGCGAUGCAACUGAUCACGACAUUCCAGCGCAUUUUCCGUGAGAGCGGACUGUCGUUGUGGUUGAGACCGUAUCGCAUCGUGUCUACGGGUCGUACCAGCGGCUUGCUCGAGACUAUCACGGACGCUCAAUCGCUGGAUGCUCUCAAGAAGAGGAGCACCUACGCCGGCCUGCGCGCACACUUCGAGAGCACGUACGGAGCUGGUACGGAGGCCUUCAAGAAGGCCCAGCGGAACUUCUUGCACAGCCUCGCAGCGUACUCGGUGGUGUGCUACUUGCUGCAGAUCAAGGACCGGCACAACGGGAACAUUCUCCUCGACACAGAAGGCCACCUCGUGCACAUUGACUUCGGCUUCAUGCUUGGCAUUGCACCUGGGCGCAACUGGAGCUUCGAGACGGCGCCGUUCAAGCUCACGAAAGAGAUGGUGGCGGUGCUUGGAGGUGUGUCGUCGCCGUUAUUUGGCGAGUUCGUGCAGUUGGUGGCGCUGGGAUUACUUGCUGCACAACGUCAGGCCGAGAAGGUCGUGGCGCUGGUCGAGAUCAUGAUGCACAACUCGACGUUCCCCUGCUUCCAAGGCCGCGACGUAUCUCGUGACCUCCAGAAACUCCGUGGCCGAUUCCUACUCCACUGCUCCACGGAGAAGACCGUCAAGGCUGUCGUCAAGAUGAUGCGCGCGAGCUACAAAAACAAGUGGACCAAGCGCUACGACCAGUUCCAGAAGAUCACGAACGGCAUCGUCCCCUAA